ACGUGAGGGACUUGGGUCCGACUCAGAGUACACUCCAGGUGGACAGAGCAGACGUCAGGACAGGCAGAGGGAGGGAGUGGCUCACUGGUCCUACCUGGAGGCCGGAGAGGACCAAAUGACAUGGAAUAAAACCCUGGGCGAGCGACCUGGUCGGAUCAAGGCAUGCGCGAGCUCCCCUGCCCCGCACGCAGGGGUCGUCACCUGGCCCGCGGGCGUCUCGGCUGCAGGAGACCCCGGCCCGGGCAAAGAGCAAUGUCUCUCUCGGGCAGGGCGCCAGCUCGCAGCAGUCUGUUCCAGCGCGUUCGAGUUCCAGCUGCGAGCCCUCAGGGGCACCGGCGGCAAGUCCCGGCUUGCAGAGAGGGGAGCAGUCCCGGGAGAGAGCGAGUCGCGGCGAGCCCGGGUGCGCGCCCAGGCGCGCGGCCCGCGACGGCGCAGGGGGGAGGGGAGGCCGCGGCCGCCUCUCAGAGGAACGAUCGUCUACCUGGUGGCGAAGGCAGCCGUCGGGCUCGUGCUGCCCGCCAAGCUGCGGGACCUGUCGCGGGAGCACGUCCUCAUCACCGGCGGCGGCAGAGGCAUCGGGCGCCAGCUCGCCCGCGAGUUCGCGGAGCGCGGCGCCAGGAAGAUUGUUCUCUGGGGCCGGACUGAGAAAUGCCUGAAGGAGACGACGGAGGAGAUUCGGCAGAUGGGCACCGAGUGUCACUACUUCAUCUGCGACGUGGGCAACCGGGAAGAGGUAUACCAGACGGCCAAAGCUGUCCGUGAAAAGGUGGGUGACGUCACCAUCCUGGUGAACAACGCCGCCGUGGUCCACGGGAAGAGCCUGAUGGACAGUGACGAUGAUGCCCUCCUCAAGUCCCAGCACAUCAACACCCUGGGCCAGUUCUGGACCACCAAGGCCUUCUUGCCACGCAUGCUAGAGCUGCAGAACGGCCACAUCGUGUGCCUCAACUCUGUGCUGGCACUGUCCGCCAUCCCCGGCGCCAUCGACUACUGCACGUCCAAAGCAUCAGCCUUCGCCUUCAUGGAGAGCCUAACCCUGGGGCUGCUGGACUGUCCAGGCGUCAGCGCCACCACCGUGCUACCCUUCCACACCAGCACUGAGAUGUUCCAGGGCAUGAGGGUCAGGUUUCCCAACCUCUUCCCUCCGCUGAAGCCGGAGACGGUGGCCCGGAGGACAGUGGAAGCCGUGCAGCUCAAUCAGGCCCUCCUGCUGCUCCCGUGGACGAUGCACGCCCUCAUUAUCCUGAAGAGCAUACUCCCACAGGCUGCUCUCGAGGAGAUCCACAGAUUCUCAGGAACCUACACCUGCAUGAACACUUUCAAAGGGCGGACAUAGAGGCAGGACGCGGAGAUACGCUGGAGGAGCCACAGAGCCUGAGGGGGUCAUGGCACCUGGGCGCACACCCACGUGCCUGUCCCUUGGCACACUUCUGCUGCAUGAGCAGGACUGCUCCUGUCCCCAGGGAAGAAUCUGGCUGCCUCCCAGGCCAGCCCCAGGACCUUUGCACAGGACUGAUGGGUGCAACUCUGACCCCAGUGGGGAGGCAAAAAACCAGCCAGCAGCCGCCUUGACACUUUUGUACAUUUCUAAUUCUGUAGAGUUUAUUGUUAAAUUGCUUCUCAAGUCUAACCAGCCUCAGCAGUGUGUGUAGACUAUUCCAGGAGGGUCUGUCCCCAGAUCUCCACCUUCCCCUCCAAAACCCACUCAUCCUCAGCUUGCACAAACUGGUUGAACGGCAGGAAGGAAAAAUAAAGAGAGACGGCUUUUACGA